UGGCUGCUUGGAGAAGUAGGACAGAAACAUUUGUCUGUUUUUGAGGGUGGCCAGGGUUGUUUUUGGAGCUUUGAUUUUUGCAAUGGCAGAAACACUCUGGAAGCCUUUGUGGAUUUUGUUACUAGUACUGAGUUAUGCUGAUGCAGGAAGUGUUUACAGGCAUCAUUGUACAAAAGAUGGUGCUCAGGAUGGGAGCACUGAAAGUACUACUGCUCAGACAAGCUCUGAUUCUGGAUUUGUGCCUAGUCAAGAAGCUUAUUUUGAGGAAACCCAGGACUUCUCAAAAACUCAGGCCUUUGAUAGUAGUUUGACCAAUGCAGGCUCAAGGGCAUUCAGUUUUCAGGGAACUACCUACACCUCAAGCUUUCAGCCACUAACUAGGGAUCUUAAGCCUGCCCUAAGCACCUCCUUCCAACAAGCCUCAGACCAGUCUGUGCAGACAGCAUACCAGCAGGCAGGUUCAGCCCGGCCUGUCCAGAGCAGCUACCAUCAGGUGGCUUCAACCCGGCCUGUAGCGAGCGGCUACCAACACGUGGCUUCAGUCCGGCCUGUAGCAAGCGGCUACCAACAGGUUGCUUCCGCCCGGCCUGAAGCGAGCAGCUACCAACAGGUUGCUUCCGCCCGGCCUGUAGCGAGCAGCUACCAACGCGUGGCUUCAGCCCAGCCUGUCCCAUCUGCUUCCCAGAGAGUAUCGUCCGCCCAGCCUGUCCCGAGCAGCUACCAUCAGGUGGCUUCCGCCCAGCCUUUCCCGAGCAGCUACCAUGAGGUGGCUUCAACCCAGCCUCUCCCAUCUGCUUCCCAGAGAGUAUCUUCCGCCCAGCCUGUAGCGAGCAGCUACCAUCAGGUGGCUUCCGCCCAGCCUGUCCUGAGCAGCUACCAUCAGGUGGCUUCAACCCAGCCUGUCCCAUCUGCUUCCCAGAGAGUAUCUUCCGCCCAGCCUGCAGCGAGCAGCUACCAACAGGUGGCUUCCGCCCAGCCUGUAGCGAGCAGCUACCAACAGGUGGCUUCCGCCCAGCCUGUAGCGAGCAGCUACCAACAGGUGGCUUCCGCCCAGCCUGUAGCGAGCAGCUACCAACACGUGGCUUCAGCUCAACAUGUAGCGAGCAGCUACCAAAAGGUGGCUUCAGCCUGGCCUGUCCCAUCUGCUUCCCAGAGAGUAUCUUCAGCCCAGCCUGUAGCGAGCAGCUACCAACAGGUUGCUUCAGCUCAACCUCUAGCGAGCAGCUUCCAACAGGUGGCAUCAGCCCCGCUUUUCCCAUCUGCUUCCCAGAGAGCAUCUUCAGCCCAGCCUGGAGCGAGCAGCUACCAACAGGUGGCUUCCGCCCAGCCUGGAGCGAGCAGCUACCAACAGGUGGCUUCCGCCCAGCCUGGAGCGAGCAGCUACCAACAGGUGGCUUCCGCCCAGCCUGGAGCGAGCAGCUACCAACAGGUGGCUUCCGCCCAGCCUGGAGCGAGCAGCUACCAUCAGGUGGCUUCCGCCCAGCCUGGAGCGAGCAGCUACCAACACGUGGUUUCAGCCCGGCCUGUCCCAUCUGCUUCCCAGAGAGUAUCUUCAGCUCAACCUGUACAGAGCAGCUAUCAGUCUGGCCUUUCUUCCCCAAGUGUUGGCUUUGGUUCUAGUGCUGUGGGAACCGGACAAAGUGCUUCGAGUCUGUACAGCUCUCAGGACGUUUCCUCUACUUCAACCUAUAAGCCCUCUGUUGGCGCUCUAGGACUUGCCCAAAGCACGUACCAGCAGGGAGUUUCAUAUCGGCCUGUGCAGAGCACUUUGCCAUCCAGCUUUGUUUCUAGGGCACAUCCAUACGCCUCAAGCUUUAAGCCCUCUACUAGCACUUCAAAGCCAGUCCAAAGCGGCUACCAGCAAAAAGCAUCAGAUCAGCCUGUCCAAACUGCUUCCCAGAGAGUAUCUUCAUCCCAGCCUGUAACAAGCAGCUACCAACAGGUUGCUUCAUCCCAGCCUGUAGCAAGCAGCUACCAACAGGUGGCUUCAGCCUGGCCUGUCCCAUCUGCUUCCCAGAGAGUAUCUUCAGCCCAGCCUGUCCAGUCAGCAUACCAGCAGGUAGCUUCCACACAGCCUGUGUGGCGUAGUUCUCCACCUAGCUUUGUUUCCCAAAAGGUUGGCUUUGAUUCUAGUGCAGUGGGAUUAAGUGGCUCAAGGGCAUAUUCUUACACCACAAGCUUGAAGCCCUCUACUAGUGCUUCACAGCCUGUGCAAAGCACCUACCAGCAAAAGCCUGUCCAAACUGCUUCCCAGAGCAUAUCUUCAGCUCAGCCUGUACUGAGCAGCUAUCGGUCUGGCCUUUAUUCCCAAAAUGUUGGCUUUGAUUCUAGUGCGGGGACAGGCUCCGGGGUGUCCUCCUAUACCUCAAGCUUUAGGCCCCCCACCAGCAUUUCUAAGCCUGUCCCAAGCAGCUACCAGCAAGUAACUUUAUCCCAGCCAGCUCAGAGUAGCUACCCGCCUGAAGCUGCUUCCCAAAAUAUUAGAAUGGAUUCUUCUUUGACUGAAGUGGUAGGAAGUGUCUUGAGAAAUGACUACGGUUCUGAAGUAGCUACAACUGGAUUAAACUACAGGCCUUUCACCAGCAUAUCUACACCUUCCCAAAGUACUUGCCGACAGGUGACUGCAGCCCAGCCCGUUCAGAGCCGAUACCAAGAUGUGCCUUUUUCCCAAACCAGCUAUGGUGCUAGUUUGAGUGGUGUGACUUCAACUGGUUCAAGGAGUCUGUAUACCCCUUCAGACUCGGUGGCUUCAGUGGCUUCUGCUCAAGCGUUCAGAUCACCAUAUUCCUAUGCUCAGGCUUUGAGUUCCCUAGACAACUCUCAACCCUCUGCUGGCUCUCCAAGAUUAACAUGGACACAAAAGGUGCUGGAGUAGCUGAUAGCUUCCACUCCAUGGUGGGAUUGUCGCAGCAGCUGAACCUUUGAUUCAAAACUUUCUAAAUAAAUAUUCAACUCUUU